AUGAUCACAGACAUGAUAAUACGCGUGCUGGCACAGCACUGGCCAGCAAUAUUUCUCUCAGUGCUUGUGGGAUGGCUGGUUAGGAACAGAUAUCACAAUGGUCUGAACAAGUACCCGGGUCCGUUCCUGGCGUCGUUGACAGACUGGUGGAGGUUCAUCGAUGUGUAUAAGCGGAGACCAGAAGUUACACACAUAUCACUUCACAAGAAACAUGGUUCUAUCGUGCGUCUUGGACCCAACACUUUGUCCUUCUCGGACCCAGAGGCCAUCAAGACCAUAUACGGUCUUAACAAGGGGUUUGUGAAGUCCGACUUCUACGUCGUCCAACAAUCCACCGUCAAAGGCCACAACCUCCCCUCCCUCUUCAGCACAACCGACAACGACUUCCACGCGCAAUUCCGCCGCUGCGUCAACUCCGCCUUCGCCAUGUCAGCCCUCGUCCAGUAUGAGCCGUUCGUCGAUAACACCACCAAGCUCUUCCUGAAGCAGACCGAGAAGCUGUACGUCGAAGGCGGAGCAAAGGCGUGCGACUUCACCCGCUGGUUGCAGUUCUAUGCGUUCGACGUCAUUGGUGAGAUAACAUACAGCAAGAGACACGGGUUCAUCGAACACAACGAGGAUAUCGACGGGAUUGUUUCGUACCUAACCAAGUUGUUCAACUAUGUCGCUCCAAUCGGCCAAAUCCCCCUCCUAGACCGGCUCUUUCUCAAAAACCCUCUCUACCUCAAACUCUCCCAAUGGGGCCUGAUAGACGGCACCAUGCCCGUCGCCGCCUUCGCCCGCGCCCGCAUGGCCGAGCGCUUACCCGAACUGCAGCAAACCGACUCCUCCAAAACCAUCCUGCCCACCUCGGAAAAACAGGCCACCCUCAAGGUCCAAACCCCCGACCUCCUCUCCAAGUUCCUCGCCGCCCGCUCCGCCCGCCCCAACUUCAUGACCGACACCCUCGUCCAGACCAUGGCCGUGUCCAUGGCUUUCGCGGGGUCCGAGACCACCGCCAUUUCGCUUUCGGCCGUGUUCUACUACCUGCUCCGCACCCCGCGCGCGCUGGCUCGUUUGCGGGAGGAAAUUGACAGCGCGGCUCGCGCAGGGAGGUUCAGUGAUUAUGAGACGGGACUGGUUACGUGGCAGGAAGCCCAGACGCUGCCGUACCUGGAUGCGUGUGUGAAGGAGGCCUUUAGGUUGCAUCCUGCUCCGGGGUUGCCGAUGGAACGGGUUGUUCCUGCCCAAGGGAUGGAGAUUGUGCCGGGGGAGUGGGUCAGGGGCGGGACGGUGGUCGGGGUUUCGGCGUGGGUUUUGCAUAGGGAUGAGAAUAUUUUUGGAGGGAGGUAUGGGGUGGAGGAGUUUAGGCCGGAGAGGUGGUUGGUUGAUGAGGAGACGAUCUCGAAGGAGAAUACUAGCGAGAGGGAACAGGAGGAGAAGAGGAUCAAGACGAUGAAUGGGCAUAUGUUGCAGUUUGGCAUGGGGAGUCGGACGUGUAUUGGGAAGAAUAUUAGUUUGUUGGAGAUUUAUAAGUUGGUGCCGAGUUUGUUGAGGAGGUUUGAGAUCGAAUUCGAUGAUCCGAGCAGGGAGUGGGAGAUUGUGAAUGCUUGGUUUGUGAAGCAGAAUAACUUCAUUACUAGGUUCAAGGUGAGGGAUAUCGUUAUGCCUGAGAACAAGGAAUAA